GCACGCCGGACGCACCAGACACGUUGAAGGCUUACGGCGGUGGUUUGGCGUACUGUUUGGUGUUGUCUAUUAACUGAUAAAUAUGUUGGACAUUGAGCAGAUGAGCCGGUUCGUGUCGCCGGUGAACCCCUCCAUAUACCCGCACCUGACGGCGCUCCUGCUCGGCAUCGGCAUCUUCUAUAUGGCCUGGUUCUUCGUGUACGAGGUCACCAGCACCAAGCUGACCCGGGACCUGGUGAAGGAGCUAGCGCUGGCCGUGAUCGCCGCCCUCUUCAUGGGAGUCGGCACCGUGUUCCUGGCACUCACAGUCGGCAUAUACGUCUAGCGCUCCUGGGGAGAUGGGAACUCGGUUUUGUUUGGCGAGUCCGUUGAAGAAUAUUGCACACGCACGGCGGACCAAGUGAUCUUCAUUAAGUCAAGUCAUCCACUGCAUGGGAUUGAGGCAUCAACCUGCUGGCGAUUCAAAAUAUACGCCGACUCGAAAGCGA